AUGACCUCCGCUCCGAACCCAGCCUUAUCCGCCCUCAUCGAGCGCAACAUAGCCUACGCCAAAGCCCACACGCCCAUCGUAACCAACACCGAACUAAAGGCCUCCGGGAUCCCCGCUUACAAAACGCUCAUCAUCACCUGCACAGACGGACGCAUCCGUCCGGAGAAGAUUCUUGAUAUUGAGCAUCCCCAUGAAUUCCUCAUUUCGCGCAACUCUGGCGCUCGCGCGCGCCCUGCAAUCGCAAAUCUGCUUGCGCUCGACGAGCUCGUUGGGCUUGAGAUGGUGCUUGUUAUCGGGCACACGGAUUGCGGGGCACGUAACUUCGACGAGGAUGCGAUUCGCGAGAGGUUGAGGGAGCGGGUGCCCAAGGAGGAGGGAGCCCCGCGAGAGUAUGAGGGUGUUGUUGAGGGGUUAGAAUUUGGGAAGAUUGAGGGGAGUAUUGAGGAGUCGGUCCAGGCGGAUGUGAACUUGCUAAAGUCGUCGCCACUUGUAAGAGAAGGACUGAAGGGGAAUAUUUUCGGGGCAGUAUUCGACAUUGAAACAGGGAAGUUGAUGGUUGCUUGA